CCAACUCCCAUCGUCGUCUUUUUCUAGAUUGGCGCGCAUCUUUUCCCACUUCCCACUCCAUCGCGAUAAGGGAAACACUACUCUUUAAUUGUAUCUAUCGUCUACUCGACCGUUUCGUAUAAUCAAGAGAACGCCCGACAAUAUGUCUCGAUUUUUCCGCAGCGGCGACGACAGCUCGUCUGAGAGCAGCUCCGAAGAGGAGGAGCUCUACUCCGAGGAGGAGGAGGAAGAAGAGGGAGAGCAGGAAGAAGAGUCUGAAGAAGAUGAAGACGAAGAUGAGGAUGAGUCCGAAGAAGGAUCAAGCAGCGAUGAGGAGGGUGGUAAAAAAUCUGGUGCUGCUCGUUUCUUACGUGGUGACGAUUCCGAAAGUGAAGAGAGCGAGGAUGACGCUCCCAAAACCCUCAAGAGUGCCAAGGACAAGCAGUUGGCCGAAUUAGAAUCAAUAAUCGAUACUAUCGAGAAGCGUCAGAAGAUUAGUGAUUGGGGUGCCAUCUCCGUCGAAUUCGACAAGCUCAACAGACAGGCCACGAAAAUCUCCGAGCGCGGCCGGACACCGAAGCUCUACAUCAAGGCUAUCGUAGAGUUGGAGGAUGCGAUGAAUGAGGCCAUUUCGAAACAGAAGGUUACCCCCAAGAAGAUGAAUGCCACGAGUGCCCGUGGUCUCAAUGCCGUAAAGCAAAAGAUCAAGAAGCUCAAACAAGAUUACCAACCCCAGGUCGAUUCUUACAGAGAUGAUCCCCUUGAUUUCCUUGCCUCGGACGAGGAGGAAGAGGCUCCCGCCCCUAAACCUAAGAAGAUCAAGGCAGAGGAUCUCAUCGACCAAGUCGACGAUGAUCAAGAAGGGUUUGCGACCGUUGGAAAAGGUGGCAGAACGCUCCUAUUUACCCCUGAGAGCAUCUUCAAGCAUCUACGCGGAAUCAUGGAGUCUCGUGGUAAGAAGAAUACGGAUCGUACUGAACAGAUAAAGAUCAUGGAGAAGCUUCACGAGGUUGCCGCCACUCCAUACCAACAAAUCAAGGUCCUUCUAACUAUAGUCUCCGCACGAUUCGAUCUCGGGUCCGGCGGAUCGGCAUCCAUGCCUCUGGAGCAUUGGAAGGCUGCCGAAAAGGAGAUCUCUACCUUGUUCGAAGUUUUAGAAGCGAACCGGGACUACAUCGUGAUUGAAAAUGCCGAGGAAUGGGAUGAUGAUGAGAAGCCGCCUACGCUACAGCCGGGCGAGAAGUACAUUAAGAUCCCCGGAAGCAUUGUAUCAUAUGUAGAGCGACUCGAUGAUGAACUCACCCGAUCUCUGCAGAGCAUCGACCCUCACACUUCCGAGUAUAUCGAACGACUUACUGAUGAGGGCUCUCUGUACAACGUCAUCUUCCGAGGCCUCCUUUACUACGAAACCCUUGCCAAGGAUACGUCUCUGCAAACCCCCCAGGAUAGCCUUAACCGCAUAGUCAUGCGUAGAUUGGAACACGUCUACUUCAAGCCUUCUCAAGUCGUUAAGAUCCUCGAGGAGAACGCUUGGAAGCCGGUACCCGCGGAUGUCGAAUCUACCAUCACUCCCAGAGGCAGCAUCAGCGAUGCUACUAACCUCCUCAACGUCCUCUGUAACUACCUAUUUGUCAACAGCGAGGGUAUUAUUCGUGCCCGCGCGAUGCUAUGCCAGAUUUACUUCCUGGCCCUGCAUGACGAAUAUUACAAGGCUCGAGAUAUGAUGCUCAUGUCUCAUUUGCAGGAGACUAUCGGUAGCUUUGACGUUCAGACACAGAUCCUCUACAACCGAACGCUAGUUCAAGUUGGACUAUGCGCGUUCCGAAAGGGCCUGGUGUACGAGGCACAGAACACGCUACAGGAGAUCUGCGGUAGUGGCCGACAGAAGGAGUUGUUGGCCCAGGGUGUCAUGAUCCAACGAUUUGCACAGGUGUCGCCCGAGCAAGAACGAUUAGAGAAGCAACGGCAACUGCCUUUCCACAUGCAUAUCAACCUCGAGCUCUUAGAGUGCGUCUACCUCACAUGCAGCAUGUUGCUCGAGAUUCCGCUGCUUGCCCAAACUGGUUCCUCGCCCGAUAUCAAGAAGCGAGUUAUCAGCAAGACCUACCGACGCAUGUUGGAAUACCACGAGAGACAAAUCUUCACCGGACCUCCGGAGAACACUCGCGACCACGUGAUGCAAGCGUCCCGUGCUCUGGCUGCCGGCGAAUGGAAGAAGGCUACCAACUUCGUUCACAGCAUCAAGAUCUGGGAUCUGAUGCCGAACACGGAAGAAAUCAAGACCAUGCUCUCGAAGCAGAUUCAAGAGGAAGGUUUACGGACGUACCUAUUCACAUAUGCUCCGUUCUACGAUACCCUCGCCAUCUCGACGCUUUCAUCUAUGUUCGAGCUCGAGGACCGCAAAGUGGCUGCCAUCGUCAGCAAGAUGAUCAGCCACGAGGAGCUAGCUGCCGCCCUCGAUCAAGUUACGUCGACAGUCAUCUUCCGAAAGGGCGUGGAACUAUCUCGCCUCCAGAGCCUUGCGCUUACUCUGUCUGACAAGGCGGCACAACUUAUCGAGACCAACGAACGAACACUCGAACAGCGUACGCAAGGCACGGCGAAUGCAUUCGACAGAAGAGGCGGACAGAACCAGAGAGGUGGCCGAGGCGGUGGGCAACGGACGGGCCGGGGUGGCGCAAGGACAGGCGGGACUGGUCAAAGACAAGCUGGCGGCACGCAGUUUACUGGAGGUGUGCUGAGCGGUGCGGUCCGAGGUUAAACGACUGCCGGAUAUGGGUUUGUCUUUUAACUUUCUCUCGUUUGUAUCUGUUGCAUACGGCUGGGUUUGACUUUUAAUGAAAAUGCCUCGGUAUGGGACUGGCAAGUCGCCGGUGAUGAGGUUGGCUCGUGUUGAUUACAUAGCUAUAGCUAGAGAAUUGACUUCUACAACACAGGUAUAAAUUUGUCAUA